UCUCUCUCUCUCUCUCUCCAGUUCUACAAAUCUUUAUUUCACCUUCUCGCUUUGUCUUCAACUUUUAUCACUCUCUCCCUCUUCAAAUCUCUCAUCUCUGCCCUGUGGAUCGCAGACCGGUCUGAAUUUCCCUGGACCGGUUCAACUCCGGUUGAAAUUUCCCUCCUAGAUCACCAUUCGCCCAACAAUCAUGAAUCCUGAGUAUGACUACUUGUUCAAGCUCUUGCUUAUUGGAGACUCUGGAGUUGGCAAAUCAUGUCUUCUAUUGAGAUUUGCUGAUGACUCAUACCUGGAUAGUUAUAUUAGCACCAUUGGAGUUGAUUUUAAAAUACGCACUGUCGAGCAAGAUGGAAAGACAAUUAAACUUCAAAUUUGGGACACUGCAGGACAGGAGCGUUUUAGGACCAUCACUAGUAGCUACUACCGUGGAGCACAUGGCAUAAUAAUUGUUUAUGAUGUAACAGACCAGGAGAGUUUUGAGAAUGUUAAGCAAUGGUUAAACGAAAUUGACCGUUAUGCAAGCGAAAAUGUAAACAAGCUUCUAGUUGGCAAUAAGUGUGACCUCCCUAAUAAAGUAGUGUCAUAUGAAUCAGCAAAGGCAUUUGCUGAUGAGGUUGGGAUUCCAUUUAUGGAGACGAGUGCAAAAGAUGCAACCAAUGUCGAGCAGGCAUUCAUGGCCAUGACUGCCGACAUUAAGAACAGGAUGGCAAGUCAGCCAGCAAACAAUGCGAGGCCUCCGACAGUGCAGCUACAAGGGCAACCCGUUAACCAGAAGGGUGGAUGCUGCUCCUCUUAGUCGCUUCUACCGAUAUUCCAAGUAUGCACGGUGCGCAUAAUAUCAAGUGCGUUUGAAUCUCUUUCUCUAUGAAGUUUCCGAAUCCCAUGAAGACCUUUAAUUGUCACAAAAUGGCUUUCUGUAUUAUCAAAGCAGUGGUAUUCUUUCAUCUUUUUUCCAAUACUUGUUUUAAGCUGCUGUGGGGACCUUUUAAUUUAUAGGUAUAGUUCAAUCCACUGUCAGGUUAUUUGCCUCAUUAAUAUUUGUAUGACUUUAGACAGAAAAUAGUGGAGCUUAACAAUGCUCAGCUUUGUGGUGUCA